AUGUGGUGCUGUCCUCGCGACGGAUACGGCGACGCGCAACUUCAGGCAGUGCUGUGAAGACCACCCGUCCUUGGCCGUGCUGUGUCCUGCAUCACAAGGGACCUUGGGUGCUGUCUAUACUCUAUUCUACUCUACUGUGCGUGUCGCACUGUCGGCAGUACCGCUCCAUAACAUGCGCACCAAGCACGCAUCACGAAACAUGUUUUUCACCACAGUUGGCUUGAUCCUCUGGCUGUAUGUCACUGCUGCAUCCCAAGCAGCAGCUGAUCUCCCAGCAGCAGCUGAUCUCCAAGCAGCAGCUGAUCUCCAAGCACAGGUUCGCGAAGAAGCCUCCAAUGUGCACGGCGAAUCUCCCUUCUAUACUUGCAAGAAAUCUCAAGGUACCUUUAUUACACCGAUUUGUUCUUGCGACACAAAAUGCAAUCUACGCGGGGACUGUUGCAUCGACGCUGCUAAAGAUGUACCACACGAACGAUAUAGGUGUGCACGGCUACCAAGUGGUGGACAUCACGUUUGGGUGAAGGCGUCAUGUGCAGGACAAUCGGUCUCACCGAAGAUGAAAGAGAAAUGCGAGGGACAAUUCACGGGCAAUUUUCCUUAUCGAUCAUUCCAGUUCAGCAUUGACAUUCCUUCCUUCCACGAGCCGUCGGGGACCUUGUAUCGAAAUUUUGACUGUGUAAAGUGCAACGGAGGAGAUCGAAGCGAGACGUACGAUUGGCACAGUAAGAUUGAAUGGGUCGGAGAGUCGCCAGGGAAACUGAGUGCUGAGAGCCAACUGCAGAAGAUGCAGUAUGACGCCAAACGAGGCGUUUAUUGGAUGAUGCACGCGGGUAUUAUGUACGAUGCUACGGUUCAAAGUGCCGUGUUCGAGUGGAAGAAUUUUACGAAAGCGUUCAACACGAUGGAGUGCUCUCCCACUGUGGAUGAAUGCCCUAAAGGAAGCGAUCCUGCACUCACUCGGAAGUGUGCACUGUACGCUGCCUAUUAUACCCCGAGCGAUACGAAACAAGUAACAUACAAGAACUUCCACUGUGCCCUCUGUAAUGGAGUGCCCCGUACAACGGUUGAGAAAGACGGCGAACGAGCAAAAUUUCUUCAAUCGAUUAGCUGUUCACCAGUUAAACCCACUUCAGACGACUCCUUGUUCGUGCUCGACCCACGGACAGAUCACACCGAGUGUGGUGAUGGUCAGAUAUGGCUUCCACGGCUGCACUCCUGUCAAGCUUUCGGCUGCAGAGGGGAAACAGUGAAAGGCACCAACGGUUGUCUACACCCGAACGGUAUCCAUAGCCGCCUCUGGAUCGUGUUUGAACGAGACCAAGCCACCAUCCUCCCGAACCGCAAGCUAAAAAUCGACCUCAGUUGCAAAUCUGCGAGUUCCAAUGACUACGAAAUAGACAGCUGGACCGGGGAUAUCCUCGUGCGUGUCCGAGAUGUUGUACCUGUCCAGACUAAUCGAGCAAAAUUUACAUCGACUGCCUUGCCAACGAAACCCACACUUAGUUCUAAAACCAACGACCAUCGUUAUACCUGGAUAUCUUAUGGAGUGCGAGCCAUCCUCGUCAUAAUGUUGUUGGGUUUAUACUGCAGCUGGGCUUCGUGUUAAGAGGACAUGCCAGCCAAGCCAACCCUUGGCACGAGGUGGCGCUGGGACCAGUCAGCCACCAGAUGGUGCUAGAGGCACAGAGUCCCGUAGCCAGAACUGUUUCUCAGGGGGAGUGCAAUACACCGCGGGGGCAUGUAGUUCCAAUAACACGCGUGGCCAUGUUGAAUUUGUUCGAAAUGACAUGCACGGCUAAUCUCCUAAGAAAGGAAGGGGUCUUACUGGAUACAGCUAAGGCUGCCGAACUGCAUCCAUUCAUGUGCGUGUGGUUGCUUGCUUGGUUCGAACUCUGUUAGACUUGUGUACGUCUUGCUGCUUUUCAUUUACAGUGCUGUUCAUUAAAAUGUCCCGGCUGUAUAAUGUGUCUCUACUGCUACUUACAACAUAUGUUCAUCAGCAGAGUGAUUUUGUGCCAUGCGUGACUUCAUGUAUGAGCAUUUUCUGGUUAUAUUUUGAGUGAUAGUAUGUGUGAACCUCCUAUGCUGUGCCAAUUCCUGUAACGGCCGGUGAGCACAGGCCGCCAGUAUUUGAAAAUA